AUGGCCUGCAAGGUGAACAAGGCUGGCUCGCCACUCCUCUCGCAGGGAGUUGUGGAGAAUGACUUCUACCGUGUUUGCUACAGCAUGGGCGUGUUGGACACCAAUGGCCGCAAGGGCAUUCCAAGAGGUCAAAUCGCCUUGCUCUUCCAGGAGCUGUCCCGAACGCUCUUUCAGAAGCUGGCUGAGCGCGACAACCGAAAGCACCCCUACCGGGCACGGAAGGAUCCCCGGUCCUCGCCCACGGACAAGCGCCGCGGCUCGCCACGAACGCACGAGAGGAUGCAUGAGAUCCGUGGUUCCGCGCAGCUCUCUGUGCUGUUGGAGAUGCUUUG